AUGGCGCACCAACACAGCAUGUCCAACACGCCCUACCAGCCCGUCUUCGUUCACAGUAACCCGUACAGCCAGCCAACCGACUCCCGCGAGUCCUACUACGAUGGCCCCGAGGCAGAGCACCUCCAGCCUCAUCAUGAUGCUUUCGCCGCUGGGUCCUCCCAACCUCGUUUCUUCCCAGGAAACCGUGAAUCCUUCGCCUCUUCCAACCCUACCCUCACCGGCGACUACCACGAUCGUAAUGGCUCCUCCAUCGCGCUGAACGACAAGCCUGGUUAUUACACGUACAAUGACUCCGGGGACGUGGGCAUGCCUCCACGCACUGGUCCCUCGCCCUAUCUCAACGAGAAGACCGCCUUCCCUGCCAAGCGCUCUCGCAAGAAGGCCAUCAUCAUUGGCGUCCUCGCCGUCCUCGCCGCCGCUGUCGCUGCCGGCGUCGUCGUCUACUUCUUGGUCAUCAAACCCAAGAGCUCAAAGAGCUCUCCGUCGGCCAACACGUCCGGCGCGAACGACACGAGCACCGACAACGGCAAAUCGGACACCACCAAGAACAACCUCGUCGUCACUGGCGGCGAUGGCAGUACGGUCACGACCGAUGCCGGCGAUACGUUCACCUACACGAACAGUUUCGGCGGUGUCUGGUACUACAACCCCGAGAACCCUCUCGAGAGUGGCGCACGUGCCCAGUCGUUCACCCCUGCGCUCAACGAGACCUUCAAGUUUGGCGAGGAUCCCAUUCGAGGAGUCAACGUUGGUGGCUGGCUUGUCACUGAACCGUUCAUUGUUCCCGCGCUGUAUGAGAAAUACAUCAACGGCUCGACUCCGGCGUUCGACGAGUUCGAUCUUACUACCAACAUGAGGGCCGAUGGCAGCCUGAGCGACCUGGAGAACCACUACGCGACGUUUAUUACCGAGCAAGACUUUGCCGAGAUUGCCGCUGCCGGGCUCAACUUUGUCCGUAUCCCGAUCGCAUAUUGGGCCAUUGAGACUCGCGAGAACGAGCCGUUCCUCGCCCAGACGUCGUGGAAGUACUUCCUCAAGGCUGUUCAGUGGGCACGCAAGUACGGUCUCCGUAUCAACCUCGAUCUCCAUGCUCUCCCUGGCUCCCAGAACGGCUGGAAUCACUCUGGACGGCUCGGCAACAUCAACGUCCUCUACGGUCCGAUGGGGAUCAACAACGCUGAGCGCUCGCUGGACUAUAUCCGCAUAAUCGCCGAGUUCGUCUCCCAGCCCGAGUACAGCGACGUCAUCGUCAUGUUCGGCCUCACCAACGAGCCCUUCGGCCCGACGAUCGGCAAGGACGCCAUCUCGCGCUAUUACGUCCAGGCGUACAGCAACGUUCGGACUGCCUCGGGCAACGGCAACGGACCCUGGAUCGUCAUGCACGAUGCCUUUAUGGGUCUCCCCAACUGGGCCGGCUUCCUCCCCAAUGCGGACCGUGUGCAGCUCGACAUUCAUCAGUACCUCUGCUUCAACAGCCAGUCCGCUGACGAUUACACGGUGCGCACGGCCGCUACCAUCCCUUGCGGCACCUGGGGUACCGGACAAAACGCGUCCAUGUCCGCCUUCGGAAUGACCCAUGUUGGCGAGUUCAGCAACGCGAUCAACGACUGCGGUCAGUGGCUCAACGGCAUCAACAUUGGUGCUCGCUUCGAUGGCUCCUUCACUCCGGACCCGUCCUUCAAGGCUGUUGGCAGCUGUGAGACCUAUCUCGAUUACACCCAAUGGGAUCAGCAGUGGAAGGACUCGAUGAAGCUCUGGGCCCUCCAGAGCAUGUCUGCCCUUCAGAACUGGUUCUUCUGGACAUGGAAGAUCGGUAACUCCACUGUUACUGGCCGUCCCCCAUCGCCCGCCUGGUCCUACCAGCUCGGUCUCCAGGAAGGCUGGAUGCCCACCGAUCCCCGUGCUGCCGAGGGUGUCUGCGAUGACACCGCACCUUUCGCCGGCACGAUCACCGACGGCUCAGGCCAGGUCCCGCAGACGUUCCUUGACACCUUUACGUGGCCCCCUGCGUCGCUCACCAACGAGCCUGACCUCGCUACCCUGCCGCAGUAUACCCAGACGGGUACGAUCAUCACCCUCCCUCCGCCCGCGUUCACGAGCGGCAGCUCUACGAUCUCCGCGUCCACCGGCAACGGCUGGAACAACCCCUCGGAUACCGCAUUUCUCUUCGUGCCCGUCGCGAGCUGUGGCUUCCUCGACCCCUGGAUUGGCCCUUCGGCCACCAUGGUCACCUGCCCGCCUGUGCAGCGCCGUGAAGACUUCGUGCCUCGCGCCGCGGCGCCGACACCCCCGCCGAUGCCCCGCCGGUGA